UGUUGUUAUUUUAAAUAUUAUCUUUUGUGUUACUAUGGUUUCAUAUUUAUUAGAUCUAUGGUGAUUCAUCAGCCAUUAGCGUAUUUAUGAAUAUUUGUUGCCAUUUAUAUUUAUUAAAAAAUUUUUGCCAUUAUGUCUACAUCAAAAUAUACUUUUUACCAUCUUUCUAAUAAAGAUCCUGCUGGAUUAUAUACUAAAAUGAUUCAAGAGUAUCUUCUUAAAUGGUCAAUGAAGAAAUGUUUACACGUCGAUUAUUACGCUUUUAAUCAAGAGUUUACAGAAGAUGACAUUGAGCAGUUUGCAUUGGAUUUAUUCCGAGAUUGCAAUGUAGUGACCACCUUACAGACCCACUUUGACGAAUUCAAAGGAAACAACGUAAACCGAGUACAGACGGAAACGAUUCCUUGUAGCGUCACGUCUAUGAUGUUUUUCGAUAGACUCUUGGACCCCAAAAAUAACAUCGUUUGCAGUGGUACUGAUAAUGAUGGUAACCAUAGAAUACGCCAGUGCAUGGAAGUGUUCAAAAACGGCAUAUACAUCUCGAAUAAAUUAAAAAUGAUGUCAUUCGAAGAUGAAUCCAGUGAAUAUUUGUUGUACAGUGAAGACGAACGCGCGGAGUUUAUAUUUCGACUGUUGCAGCAUUUUUUGAUCGGUGGACGUUGGUGUCAAGACGACGAAAUCAUUGAACCGUAUUUGACAGCAACGAAACAUGUGUACAAAGAUUUACUUAAUGUCGAGAAAGUAACUGACUUCGGGAUACGAGUUUCGUCCAAGAUAUACAAAGUCGUUGCUUUCAAUUCUAAUAACAAGAUUUCAUUUCCAAAAGAAAGCAUAAACUCCGCACCAUAUAGUUUUGCUUAUUUAUCAGUGAACCCGAAAACUCGAACGGUUGCUUUAUUUUUUCAUAAUGUCGGAGACAAAAUUUAUACUUGAAUAAUUUAUAAGUAAUCACCAUUGUGCUUGAAGGCUGCUUUGAUAUAUAUUUUUUUUAUUAUACUUCUGUGAAUAUAUUAUAUUGAACAUUUUAAUUUUAUUAAACA